UUGCAACAUUUAUGUUACUAAAUUAAGGUAAUAGACUAGGAGUGCACAAUACAUUUUUUAACGUCCAAAGACACUUGUUACUACUGUUCCAAUAUCCAUAUAUUAAUCCAACAUUCUGUCGAAUGUUUUCUGAAGGUGGUUUCAUUUGAAGAAUAUCCCUUUCAAGCAUGAAUGUCAAUUUUACUGGACGUCAGCUGCCAGGUUUCAGUGAGCAAUGUGAAACUGGCAACAUUCAGUGUCAGGUGCGCUGAGGUUACAGGUGUUCGAUAUGCCAACGAGGAAGUGACGUUUCCGCUCACGAGAUCCAGAUCAAACACAGAAGGAGCGAGAAAGGAUCUGAUCUUUCUCUAGAAAUUGAGAAGCAGGUGAAGAGAGGUUCAGACAGACCAUUCCCUUGAUCUAUCCUUCAUCUCUUCCUGUCUCACACAGGAGAUAAAUGCCAUGAACAUCACCUUCAGGAAAGUGUCCCUGGAGCUGAAUCCUCAAACAGUCUGCUUCAUUCAUGAAACUGUGACGUCAGCACAGCAAGCCCUUUCUGCUGCGCCUUUUGCAGUGGGUCUGCAGGAUCGAGUGGGUGGAAUUUCCUCUGCAUCGUCCUUUCAUCUCCUCCUUCUCCAUCCUCCUGUGUUAUUUUUUUUUUCUUCUAUACUGUGCUGAAGAAGGAGGACCAUGCAAAGGAGCUCUGUCUGCUGGUACUUGAAGCUGUCCAAAGCCACAAGUGCGCAUUAGGAAUCCACUUCCCUCUCCUUCUCGCCCUUGGCAUCCCAUGCACACCCACAGCACCAUGGGAAGCCCCCCUGAGGUGCUGGCUUGGACCUCCUCUCCUAGCCUUCUAGUGGGCAAGCUAAAGGAUGAGUUGUUGAGUACAGGGAAUCCCCCAAACAAGAUGACUGCCACCCCCCCUUCACCCCCUCCUCCACAGAUCAUUGAGGACCUGCCCCCCCUGCAGCAGCCAUUGGAGGAGGAACUGGUGCUCGGCAGCAGCCCCCCAAACACAGUCCUUACCAGUGUGAGUGAGGACUCAUCCCGCGAACAGCGCCAUUUUGACAACAGUGUGUUGCAGCUGCAGGAGAAUGAGGAAGUGGACACAACAGCCCCGCAGGGGCAGGGCUGUGGCAGCGGUGGAGGGGAUGGCGGUGGGUGUCCUGCCGAUCAUAGUGGCAGUAGUGGUGUCCAGACUCACGCUCAUGACGAUAUCAAGAUGCAUUUUCAACGGACGGGGAGUGGCAGUGGGGGCUUCUUGGAGGGCCUCUUUGGAUGCCUUCGGCCAGUUUGGAACAUUAUUGGGAAAGCCUACUCUACUGAUUACAAACUGCAGCAGCAAGACACAUGGGAAGUGCCCUUUGAAGAGAUCUCGGAGCUGCAGUGGUUGGGGAGUGGCGCGCAAGGGGCUGUGUUCCUGGGUAAGUUCCACUCCGAAGAGGUGGCCAUCAAGAAGGUGCGCGAGCAAAAGGAGACUGACAUUAAACACUUGCGGAAGCUGAAACACCCCAACAUCAUUGCCUUCAAGGGCGUAUGCACACAGGCUCCGUGCUACUGCAUUAUCAUGGAGUACUGUGCUCAUGGGCAGCUGUAUGAGGUGCUGCGAGCAGGACGCAAAAUCUCCCCAAGACUGCUAGUGGACUGGGCCUCAGGGAUAGCCAGCGGCAUGAACUACCUACAUCUUCACAAAAUCAUACACAGAGAUCUCAAAUCCCCAAAUGUAUUGGUCACCCACAAUGAUGCUGUGAAGAUCUCAGACUUUGGGACUUCUAAGGAGCUCAGUGACAAGAGUACCAAGAUGUCCUUCGCUGGAACAGUUGCCUGGAUGGCUCCUGAGGUGAUCCGCAAUGAACCUGUGUCUGAGAAGGUGGAUAUUUGGUCAUUUGGAGUAGUGCUAUGGGAGCUGCUAACAGGAGAAAUCCCCUACAAAGACGUAGAUUCCUCUGCUAUCAUCUGGGGAGUGGGCAGCAACAGCCUUCACCUCCCUGUCCCUUCAACCUGUCCUGAUGGCUUCAAGAUCUUAAUGAAACAGACAUGGCAGGGAAAGCCUAGAAACAGGCCCUCCUUCAGGCAGAUCCUCCUGCACCUGGACAUUGCCUCAGCUGACGUGCUGGGUACACCUCAGGAGACCUACUUCAAAUCCCAGGCGGAGUGGAGAGAGGAGGUGAAGAAACACUUUGAGAAGAUCAAAAGUGAGGGAACAUGCAUCCACCGACUAGAUGAGGAGCUGAUCCGCCGCAGGAGAGAUGAACUGAGGCAUGCGUUGGAUAUCCGAGAACACUAUGAAAAGAAACUGGAGAGGGCCAACAACCUGUACAUGGAGCUCAGUGCCAUCAUGCUGCAGUUGGAGGUCCGGGAGAAGGAACUUAUCAAGAGGGAGCAGGCUGUGGAGAAGAAGUAUCCCGGGACGUACAAGCGCCACCCGGUGAGGCCCAUGGUCCGGCCCAACGCUGUGGAGAAGCUCAUCAAGAAGAAAGGCAGCAUGGCACACAAGCCAGGGGUGCAGGCAGCCAAGCGACCGGACCUUCUGCGCUCAGAUGGUAUCCCCAGUGUGGAGGUUCUGCCUUCCCCCUCACCGCUCUCUGGGAGCCCCAAAGUGUCCACCCCUCCUGGGAAGGCCAGGUACCGCAGCAAGCCCCGGCACCGGCGGGGAAACAGCAAAGGCAGCCACAGCGAAUUCUCAGGUAUCCUGAAGAAUGUAGCAGCUGCACCAGAGGAACAGCAACCCUUGCAACACUACCACCAACACCAUCACCACCACGCCCGAGAAGACGCUGUGGCCAAUUGUGCCAACAACCUGCGUUACUUUGGCCCUGCUGCAGCCUUGCGCAGCCCACAAACUGACCACCUGCAAAGGCGUGUCUCAGGCUCCAGUCCUGACCUCAUCUCCACCGCUAUGGAGGCUGACUCCCGUGAGCGUGCGACCCCUGACAGAUCUGGCCCAGGCUCCCUGUGCCCAUGCUGCCAAGCCCACCCUUUCCCAGGUUGCCCCCACUGCCAGGAGACUGCUGGAGAAAGAUUUCCUGCCCCCAGCCAUCCCAAACGUCCCUCAUACUCCCUGCUUAGCACCUACGAAUCACACCCCCAACAGGCUGAGCACGGUCUUCCAGCCUCCAAGGACAAAGAUGGGGUACCCCAUGACAACUCUCCCCACGACAUCACCCCACCUGGUUUACCACGAUCUCUACGGCCUCUCAGGAAGGAUGGUGAUGAUUCGUCUGAAGAGGAGGAAGGGGAGGUGGACAGUGAAGUGGAAUUUCCAAGGAGACAGAGGCCACAUCGCUGCAUGAGCAGCUUUCAGUCAUAUUCCACCUUCAGCUCAGAGAACCUGUCAGUGUCAGAUGGUGAAGAGGGCAACACCAGCGAUCACUCUCACAGUGGGCCUCUGGAGCAGCUCAGCAACAGCCAGGAAGAACGACUGGACGAACUGCUUUCACAAACUCCGGAACUCCCCAUUGACAUCUCCACCCAGUCCGAUGGCCUCUCGGACAAGGAGUGUGCAGUUCGCCGCGUGAAGACCCAGAUCUCCCUGGGCAAGCUCUGUACCGACGAGCACAGCUAUGAGAAUCCCCUGCACUACGGAGAGUCAGACUGUGAUUCCUCAGAGGCAGAGUGCUCCGAUGCCACAGUGCGGAACAACAAGCCCUGUGGCACCUCCACCUGGUGAACCCUGACAAACACUGGGAGACGAUGCUCUGCUUUCAGGAGACCUUUGAACAAAACCGCAAUAACAGAAUCACACAGCAGAAACACUAAAACAACCUUUGAACCCCAGCUCCCUCAUUGUACCCCAUCCCCAAAUACCAGCCUUUCCAGAUCACCAAUCCUGGGAAGCUUCCAUUUCCAGUUACCUAUGGCAGGGAUUAUAUUUGUUCAAUAAUGUAGCUAGUGUAACAUUGAUAAUUUAUUUUUGUUUGAGGUUUCAAAAAAAACAACUUUGUAUUGUAAAGCUUGGAGUAUAUUUGCUGAGAGUGAGAAACUGGAAGACUCAAUGUGGAUCAUAGAUCUGACUGUCAGUGCCUGUGCUGGGGCCAUCAGGGGUUGUUACUGAACUGGUUCUGCUGAGAAGAACCCACGCAGAAUUUUGCUACAACACUGUUUGUGUCCGUAGAGGGAGAAACUGAGGAGAUAUUUGCAAAACUCCUAAACUUUACUCAACCAAACAGCAUAACAUGGUGCAGGCCAUUCCAGUAUCAGUUGAAGGUCUUUUUAAAGGGGUUCUCUUUCAGCCAGUUUUUGUUCUCUGACUAGAAAUCAUCUGGCUGUGUUUUUCUUUUUUAAGUUUACAGAAACAAGCCCCUUUCCUACACUCUUCCAGAAAUAAGGAGUAAAAAAAGCUCAAACACCAGCAUGAAUAUUUGCUCUUCCCCCAAAGCCAUCCAAUUUAUCCAUCAAGCAUGUCUGCUCAGCCUGCAGUAUGAGACUACCUAAUGAGCAUGACCUAUAUUUCCAGUGGUUGUGACUAAUAAAUACCAGAUACAGCAUAAACCAGCAUAUGAACUCAGCCCAAUCCAAAUGUUUGUUUUUUUCAUUGUUCGUUUCUUUUUAAAAAUUAAGUUUGAAGUUCCUGAACAAGAACCAAACCAGUGUUGUUUCCCUAGUCUAUUUUGUUCAGUCUGCUAACAGAAUUUUACAAUGUCUUCAAAGCAACUCUAUAUUUCCUAUUUUCUUUGACCAGCCCUUUGUCUCAAUGCUUUCCAAUGUGAGUGAAAGUGUGACUUAUGUACACUGGAGAAUGAAGCCACCAGCUCCAGGCUUACUGCAGCAUUUUUACAGAAGCAUAAAAAGGACAUUUCUGUGCAACAGGCAACUAGUUGUUUUCAAGAUGCAGUAUCCCUUUUAUGUUGCUUCAGGUCAAGGUGCUCCUUUCUAUUUUUGAUUCUCAAACUGUGAUUUUGUCCGAUGUGCUGAACAAUUGAAGAGUUUAUAUUGUGAUCUUUUCUGGUGUUUCCAUAACAGACAAUUGAUAGAUUGCAUUAUUUUCUUAUCUGUGAGGAGUGGAGUAAUUAUGGGAGUUGCUGAAGGAUAAAAAUGUAUGUAAACCUUGAAGGUAUUUUCUUGUAGUUUUCCAGUGUUAGACAUGGGAUUUAAAAUAUAUGGGAUAAAUGUGCUUUAUUUUUGCAGCAGUUUAAAAAUAUCAAAAAUAGUAAGGAGAAAAUAUUGGGAAAUAUAUCUGGAGGAAAAAAAAUCAAGGCAGGUGAACUGCCCUUUGUUGGUGAGUGAUAGAGAGCAAUACGGGCCGAUGGCUGUCAUAGGAAGGUCACUUCCAUGUGCUCAGGAUUGUCUAGCAGGCUAGACAGUAUCUUUCAUUAUAAAACUUGGCGGGUUUGGAGAUUUAUGUAUAUCGUCUUAAUAUAAAACAAGUUUAAAUUUUCAUAUAAAAAUGUGAUUUACACUGCCUGCUUUGCUAAAUGCAGUAGAGUACAGGAUUUACUGUUUUAUAGUUAGGUGCUGUCAAAUGUUGUGUACUCUCUGAAGUACGAACUGUUCUUAUCCACUAGGUGGAGAUAACAAACCAAGGUAUAGUUAUUAACAACAGCAACAGCAGCACAUGACUUGUUUUAUUUUUAUAGCUCCAAAUAUGUAGUUUAUCGAGCCUUGAAGAACAUUCUUAACCAAGGACUUAGUUUUAUGUGCUCUGUUUAAUAAAGUAGCUGUUUUAUAAUUUAUUUUUCCUCUGUGUAAAAAGGGAUACUGCAUCUUAUAAUGUUAUAUUUGUGCUUAGCUGCUACUCUUUUUAGGUAAAUACUGUACAUAGUCUAGUGGGAAUCAACCACUCAGUGUUGAAAUGAAUUUUGAUUGCAAUUCUUCAAAACAUAUUUACAGGUGAAAUUAUGAAAGGGCUAAUCUGGAUUGAAUUGGACUGUGUGCGUCUUUCAAUAAAAAUCACAAAACUGAAAGGUGAUGGUGCACUUUUGGGAGACUGAUGACAUUAUCCUGCAUUAUCUAAAGACAACUGUAUUGAACAGGAGGAGAUCCUAUCACACCAUUUACCUAUAGGUUUUAUCUGCUGCGUUGUAUGUGAACAAAACACUCGUUUGGCAUUAUAAAUGGUGCCAUAAAUGUUUUAACACAUUGCAUACAAUUUAAUUGAGGUAGCUUUCCAUAGCUUGCAGCAUUCAUAACCUCUCUAAGGACAGUAUUUAACAUAGAGUAGGAAAGUUACUACUUCCAUGUUUAUGAUGAAAGUAAAGUGAUCAUUGCAGUGAUCUUCUGGUGUGGUUGGACCAUCAAAGGCUGCUCAGGUUCUUCUAACGAAAAUGAUUGGAAAAGAAAGUGAUAAAUUAAUUAAACUGAGCACUUUAAUUAAUAAUAUCCCACAGCAGUUCUGUUGCAUCCACUAGGCUUCUCACUUGGUCCAAUUCAGCUUGUUGUAUUAAAGAACCUGAAGUGAAUUGCGGCCUCUCUGUAUCUCUCCCUAUGUUUACAAUGUCUUUAAAGAAUUUACUGAAACGGUUAUUACUGUAAAUCAGCACAGUGGUGAAGAGUGAAGGACAGUGUGUUAUGCCAUGUCAAAUCUUGUAAAUUAUUCCAUUUUAAAAUCUUAAUUUAAUUUUAUUUAAUUUUUUGUAGCUGGCCUACAUGAAGAUCACUUAAUUUAUGAUGUAAACCUGUUGUGUCUGUAGAUCAGAAGUUCUGUUUGUUUUUGGCAAUUUUAAACAGAAGCUGCUUUAGUUGCAUCAUGCUAAUGUUUUUAAGUCCAAAUACUGUGUCAGUGAAUGAUUAAAUGAUGGAUCUUAAUUGGGUGUGGAAAGGGCUGUUGGCAUAGUUUUUUUUACUAAUCAAUCUGGAUUUUAUAAAUGAAAGCCAGUAAGUGCUAAUCCUACAUUUUAUUUAAUCUUUUUCUUAGACUGGGCAGGGACUGAAAAGCUAUGCACAGGUAGUCCAGACAAUAUGUACAUGUUUGUAAAUCUUGGUCAUAACAGUCUCUUCAGACUGCAAUAUGUAAUGGCACAAAUUGUACCCAAUACAACUUGAAGUGGUGGAAUUUCCCUACGAUAAUUUUCUUCCAAAACACAAAAAAAGAUUCUCAAAGUUGAUUACUUUCCUGCAGUCUCUCUUGUGUUUUAUUACUGUAUUGUGUGGUGGCUACUGUCCCAAUAUUAAUUUGUUUUUACUGAACAGAGUAUACACAUCUUAAAAUUGAAGUAUGGGAGGGGUUCCAAUUUGUGUGAAAAUAAAUUUGUUUAUUUAUUGCGGAGUGGUAAUUGUUCACUUAAAACAAACCCCAAAAGACAUUGGAAUAAAAUUAAGUUCAGGAAUAGAGUUUAAAUCAUUAUACUCUACUGUUUAAGAAAAAUAAUUUCAGGUUUUUCAUCUACAUUUAUGUUAUUUAUGGACUGAUGAGCAAAGAUACGAUUAGGCCUUUUUUACAGAUUGUUCAUAAAGAGGUAGGUUGUUGUCAGCUUUGUAGUCCACCUGGAAUAUACAUUUGAGAUACUAACUUCAGAUGGAUUGUGGUAAACCUGGUGUUUCGCUUGUAAUUUUGUCCUCCAGACCUUAUCAGUUGAGUCUCUCAGGACCUUAAUUGGGCUACAUCUGUCUGCCAUUGGACUUGACCUUUCCAGAUAAUAGAAGUCUGGUUGGAUCUUGAUCAGAUUGCAGUGGGAUGAUGAAACUAAUCUAAGAUGCCCUUAGUAGUUCACCAGCCACUAUGUGUUCCUUUGGAGCCUUCUGUAAAUGCCAACAGCUCUUUUUACCCUGUGGAAGCUCAUGAAAAUUGUAUUUCCCCAUGGGAGUGUCUCGGGUCUCUCUUUCCUCUGUAUCCAUUCAUCAACUGUUUUAAUGGCUUCCUGAUCAACCAAACUUGACCAUGUCCUGUAUUAACCAUUGUACAGUAUUGGGAAUAAGAAGGAAUAUCAAAGCAAACAACUGCAUGGAAUAAAAGCCGAUGUACUGUACCAAC